GAGCGGCCUUUACACAAGUCUUAAAUCCAAUCGAGAAUUAUGGCAAGCAAAGCUCUCAUCGCCCUGGCCGUGCUCCUGUGCGCCCACGCCGUCUUCGGCGUCACGAUCAUCAGCAAGUCGCAGUGGGGCGGUCGCGCACCCAAUGGCAAAUCCGCGCUCGCCAGCAAACUGAGCUACGCUGUGAUCCACCACACCGCUGGCAACUACUGCAGCACCCGCAGCGCCUGCGAGACAGAGCUGCGCAACAUCCAGAACUACCACAUGAACAGCCUGGGCUGGGCUGACAUCGGCUACAACUUCCUGAUCGGCGGCGAUGGCAACGUGUACGAGGGUCGCGGCUGGAACGUCAUGGGUGCCCAUGCCACCAGCUGGAACGCCAAGUCCAUUGGCAUCUCCUUCCUGGGCAACUACAACAACAACAAACUCACCUCGGCUCAGAUCGCAGCUGCCAAGGGCUUGCUAGCCGAUGCCGUUUCCCGCGGCCAGAUCAUUUCCGGCUACACGCUGUACGGCCAUCGCCAGGUGGGCUCUACCGAAUGCCCCGGCACCAACAUCUGGAACGAGAUUCGCACCUGGUCCAACUGGAGGGCCUAAAUGGACUUUUUCCAACGUAACUCAGGCUGUUAAAUAAAAACAUUUUUAAAAACAAAA